GUAGACUUAAUGAAAGCUAGACUUUAUACCAUAGAGCAUUUAAUGCCUGGAAAAAGCCAUUUUGGAUCCAAAGAGCACCUUUUUACAUAAAAAUGUUCAAUUUUCCCUAUUCUCUCUCAUCUUUCCUGUGCUCCCGGGAUGGGCUCCUCCCUCCCCAGAGCCCCUGUGCCCUCAGAUGAGCACCAACGAGCAGCUUGGACCAGAGUCUGAGUAUCUUGUUGUCUACGAUACACAGAGAGGUAUAGAAAGUGUCAAUCACUGAGCGGCUCUUGCCUGGCACAGAUAUAGCAUACAGUAUGUUUUAAUAUGAAGGACUGCUUUCACGAACACAGAUUAAAUCUAGUCCUGGACUAAGAUACACUUUCAAUUGAGAUUCUCCAGCGAGCAGGAUUUAAGUCCAGGACGAGGCUUACUCUGUUUCUACUAUGGCAGUGGUUCUCAAAGUGGGGUCCGUGGACCUCUGGGGCCAGAUGUCAAAAUACAUUAUUUUUUAUAUAUAUUUUUUUUACAUCAGAUUUAAAAAAAAAAUGUUUUACUAAUAACAGAUUAAACAAGUUUUGGCCAAGAGAUACUUGAAAUAAAUUUAGAGGGUAUAAUACAAUAUAAUAUGAUUCAUCUCCAAUUUAGAUUCUUAUCCCUGGGCAGGCUCACAGGAAUAUUGGUAUCCACAGUACUCCACCAAUUAUACAUUUCUUCCCUGACCCCUGCUGCUGUCUCUUUCUCUGGGGCUGAUGACACCACUCUGCUGUUCGAGGGACGCUUCGAGUGUGGCAACUUGCUGAAAGCAACAAGAGUGUGAGGAACACCCGUGUGUAGGUGCGUUACCGCUUCAACAUCGCCAAACUGCUGAAGGUGACCAGCCUGUAUGAGGAGGGGAAGCUGCCCCUGCUCUACUCUGAGGAGAAGGCCCAGGUCCAGGGGGUGGGCUGGCAUCUUGUGGGUCAACAGGCCUCCUACCAAUGUAACGGGUGCCAGCACAACAACCAGCCCAGCUACACCCUCUCCUGGAUCUUCUGCUUCCCUUACUGCCAGCUGAUGGCUCCUCCAGCAGCACCCAGGAGGGAGCCUCCCAAAUGGAGAGAGAUACAAGUCCCCCCAGAGCCCAGCCUUCCAGUUAAGGUGUCUGUCCUAUACCUGUUCUUCGACACAGAGAGGGGCCACGAAAUCGAAGUCAGAGUAACUGCAGCAACUGAUGGCAGAGUACGUGAGCAGCAGGAAGCAGUUGACCCUCGGCCCGACCCUCAAUGGCUAUGACUGGGGCCCUGUUCAGUGCCCCCAGGCUGCCCCCACCCUACCAUGUGCCCUUCUUCAUGCAUCCCACCGUGACCACUUCACAGCUGCCCAGGGACAGCAGGGACAGGGAGCGCCUUCCCAGUCAUCCUCAGCGACUGCCUGGCCUGGCUGCAGGAGACAGGACCACCGGAAGGCUCUCCCCAGUCCAGUGGAGAGGGCCACAUUUCUAUACUGCCCCUGCCAGUAUCCAACCGAAAGCCACCAGGCUUGACAAGCCUCGGUCAGAAGAAGUGAAAGUGACAGACCUUACAGAUGCAGGCUUAAAACAUGAGCUGUUGAAGCAUGGAGUCAGUGUUGGACCCAUAGUUGGCUGCACUCGCAUUCUUUAUGAGAAGAAGCAACUGGAUACACCUGCCGCUGAGGCUACCCCUAGCCUAUCCGAGACUGCCACAGUUACCGCUGCAGCAGUCAAGGCAGACGGCAACCAGAACGGCAACACACUCUCUGACCAGUACAGUGACAAGGAGGAAGAUGAGAUUACAGCUGCUCCUGAACCAGAGCCAGCUGCUGUUGUGGAGAAGUCUGUGAUGAGCAGAGGGAAGACUCCUGUCACCAUCAGGACCAGCAGCAGACGGAGCAACAAGGUGGUGGAUGAGAGUCUAGCAACUGGUGACCAGACCCCUAAGAAGACGGGGAAGAAUGUUGAGGAGAUUCUCGCUAAUGAGAUCCUUUCACCCAUAGGCAUCAGCGCCACAUGCAGGAGAUCGAUCCAUGGUGCGGCUGGCCGACCGGUGAAACCCAGCAACUAUUGGCUGAACAAGUCUCUCCUGGAGCGCUCCAUCUACACAGAGUCUCACUCUGAGUGCAGCUCCCUGGGCUCAGAACGGGCCAGGCCAGGAUUCCUCUCUGUCCUACUAAAGCUCAUGGUGCUCAUCACUGUAGCCGGUUCCAUCUACAUCGUCAUCCAGCACCUUGAUGCAGAUCAGGUCCAGUCCGUCAAGGGUUUGAUAAACGACGCCAAGGGUCACCUGUAUAGCACGGUUGAUAAGGUGGUAGAUGCCGUGGUCGAUAAUGUGAUUGUGCCUCUGGGCAUCGGGGCCAGCAGCAGCCAAAGUGCAGGAGCUGAGGGUGGAGGCAAGUAAGCAAUACACCUACUCCACCCUGCUCUCUUUUAUUAUAAUUCUUUCUACUAUUUUACCAGGCUGUCCAAUUGAGGUCAAAAGACCCCCCUUCAUCUGGUCACCAACCCCAUCUUCAUCUAUUUAUACAUGGUUGACCAUCUUGGAGGACUGACUGACAUUUAAUCUGGGCUGGUAGACUGUCUCACCCUGUCUCUUCCUUGUUCACUUCUCCUCGUCCCCGCUAAGGAGAGAAAGGAAGGGCAUUCAACCUAACCAACAUAAGCUUCUUGUAAAACAAACCAGCAUUGUCUUGUCAUGACAGUCUGAAUAGACUAGUUUUUAUUAAGUUGUUUUUAAUCAUAGUGUGAAGUGCAUUUUGUGUAUUCUUUGUGUGUAUUUUUCACUUAUGUGUGUAGAUAGAACUCCCAUGUGAUAUUGCGAGGACAGGUCACAUACAUGGUUGUAGUUUUUGAAGGACAUGGUUGUAGUUUUCGGGGUGUCUGUUGUGCCAGGCACACUGUUAGAACUUGUAUAGUGCCAGGGUUGAGGUCAAUUCCAUUUCAAUUCCGGUCAAUUCAGGAAGUAAACCAAAUUCCAAAGGUUCCUCAUAAAAAACUUUGGAGAGAAUGAGAAUUGGAGUGCACUUCCUGAAUUGAAAUGGAACUGACCCCAACCCUGCUACUGAUUACGGAAAUAUCUACAAGUAUUUCUGUAUGGAUUUUGAAUAUACACUGUAGUAUUAAUAAUAGAGAUAUGUAGAAUAAUGUUUUUAAACUAUGAAUUGAAUGGUGCUCAGGUCUAUUCUAAUUUGCUCUAAGUUAAUUGGAUCACUGCUGCGAGGAGUCAUAAUACUGUCCAAUAGUGUUAAAUAAGGUUUUGUCACUGAAUGAGGAGAAACCCUUUUUCAUGCUAUAAACUAUGAGUUUGAUUGCUAAAACUAUUAGUUGUCUUUAAACUGCUCGUGUAGAGCCAUCAGUACAUUGAAAAGCUGUUGGGGAGAUGAACUGCAGUAAGUAAGCCUGGUCCCAGAUCUGUAUGAGCUAUCUUGCCAACUCUCUUGGUCAUUGUCAGGAGGAGUUGGCAAGACAGCAAAAGUAGAUUUGUGACCUGUCUAGCAGUAAGUGGGCUGGUAGUUGAAUGGCUCAUCAGUCUGUGAUGACCAAAUCCCAGUAUAGCUUUGUGUGAGUUUGUGUUUCAUCUUUAGUGCUUUGCUGCUCUGAAGAUUCAAGAUCCUUCAGUCCUAUCUAAAGGGCAUGCUCACCAUAGCAAAAAGUUUUGAAACAGGAAAACACAAGUGGGUAGUCCUUAUUGGACAAAUAUUCUCUGAUUCUGUGUUUUUUUUCCAUGUGGUGCCGAAUGAACACGACCUAGGACUGGCUGUCUUUAUAUUUAGUGCAUCCACACAGCCCUUCUUAAUGGUUCCAUACAUACUGCUACGGAUCUUGGAAGAAUUAUAUUUUUGCAAAAUAAAGUUGAGCAAGUAAAUGGCUCAUAAUCCUAUUUUAAAGAGUCAAAAACUCAAAUAGAGUUUGCCUCUUGUAUACUUCAUCUUGAUAGCAGAGGUAAUACUAAUGGGGACAAUAAUUACCCGAGGAGACUAAUGACAAAAGUGAUAGCCACUUAACUUAUGUUGACCAGUUACUGACAUUCACUUGUAAAGAAGUUGACAUGUUAGUCCACACUGUUUGAAAAAAAAGAAGAAAAAACGGUUAUUUAUUUUGUUCCGUAUUUUUCAAAUGUGAAUUGUGAACUUUUUUAUUAUUUUAUUGUAGAAAAAUAAAGUAUCAUAGGUGAAAGUA